AAUAAAUUAUGUAUUUUUCCAGCAUAUGUUUUUCUUGUAGCCUUUCCUUCUAACAUCUGUUUUGCCUUCAUUGACUCAUUUUUCUAGCUGGUAUUCCCUCCAUUUCUUCUUUCUGUUUUGAGUUAUUUUCUUAUAGCAGCAACAUUACAUUCAGUAUCCUUUAACAAAUUCAGUUAAGAUGUUCUUUACCCCUGUGGUUCAGAUGUUGCUUACAUCUUGCUGAGUAGCAGUCCCAAACCUGAUUUACUAAUGUGUUUUCUUUCCCCUUUCCCUCUCUUAAUUUACAUUUAAACGGAUAGUCAAGUAAUAAUGAUAGUGUUUAGUCAUUAUGUUUUUAUAAGGUUUUACAAGCAUUAGCUUGUUAGUGGUGAACAAGUCCCCGGUGCCUGGUCACUCUGUAGAGAGCAUAACGCUUGCAGUCCAGCACAGUCAAAUUUCUACCCAUUCAUCUGGAAUUUAAUUAUGACGACGGAUUACUUACGGGAAUAUAAGUUAAAGGCAAAGAAGCCUUCUCCACAAUUAGCGAGGAAAUGAUGUUGUUGACUCUUUUGGAGAAGAUUUUAAGUGGCUCUUCUGCUAGAGCCACUGUAAAGUUUUGAACACAGAACUGGGAAGGGUCAGUGAUGGCUGGGUUGAGGGGGGGAGGCUUGUUUCAUGGACAUCUAUCUGUACCUGCUCCAGGAAGGGUUGUGAAUACUGGCACACAUCUAGGCCCCAAGGCCACAGGGUCAGGUUCCUGGAGUGAUACAGGGUAGAUUCCUUAGUUCUUAACAUGAGUUAGACUUCUUGGGUGCAUGCCAUGGUAUUGGAUAGCAGGGGCCUCAUGUUCCUGGAGCCUGUUCUGCCUUCUUCAGGUUGAGGGAUGUUCUGGUGCAUCUUGGAUGUGUCUCUAGUGUUGAGAUGACAAGCUUCUCAAGGACAGGGUCACUUCAUCAUAUUUUCGGUGUGGCCUAAGAUGCGCUCAGUAACAAUGAGACAUUUAUGUGUGGGAGGAGUAUGGGUCUGAAAUCAGGCCUGAUUUGAAUUCUGGUCCUUCGUUUAGCUUACUUAUCCUUUGUGAACCUUAAUUUUUCUCAGCCAUGGAAAGGUAAUUGUGAGGAAUAGAAGUGAGAAUGUGAGUGAAUGUGAGAACCCAGCAUAUCAUAAGUGCUAAUUCCUUUCCCUCUUUCCUUUCCUGAGUGAUUUCCUAAAGGGAAAACCUGCCUUGUUAGCAAGGGGAAUGACAGGCUGUCUUGGGAGUGUGGCUUGGCCCUGGGAGACUACCCUGCAGGUAAGAGACUCCACUACAUUCUGUGAAGAAGGAUAAGACUGACACCGCUUUGCUUGCUUCUCUACUGAAAUCUCUUCCUCCCUGAUCGAGCUUUGGUGUAUCUUCUUACAGCAUAUGACACACGGAAUCUCUCCUUCCUGACAUGGAGUCAAGUAAAAAGAUGGAAUCCCCUGGCACACUGCAGACGAACCCGCCACUGAAGCUGCACCCUGACCGCGGCGCCGGGACGUCCGUGUUCGUCCCCGAGCAAGGAGGUUACAAAGAAAGGUUUGUGAAGACCGUGGAGGACAAGUACAAGUGCGAGAAGUGCCGCCUGGUGCUGUGUAACCCGAAGCAGACGGAGUGCGGACACCGGUUCUGUGAGACCUGCAUGGCGGCCCUGCUGAGCUCCUCCAGCCCAAAAUGUACCGCGUGUCAAGAAGGCAUCAUCAAAGAUAAGGUGUUUAAGGAUAAUUGCUGCAAGAGAGAGAUUCUGGCUCUUCAGAUCUACUGCAGGAACGAGGGCGGGGGCUGCACGGAGCAGUUGACCCUGGGACACCUGCUGGUGCAUUUAAAGAAUGAUUGCCAGUUUGAAGAGCUGUCGUGUGUCCGUGCUGACUGCAAAGAGAAAGUGUUGAGAAGAGACCUGCGUGACCACGUGGAAAAGGCCUGCAAGUACCGGGAGGCCACGUGCAGCCACUGCAAAAGUCAGGUCCCGAUGAUCACGCUGCAGAAACACGAAGACACUGAGUGUCCCUGUGUGGUGGUGUCCUGCCCCCAUAAGUGCAGUGUCCAGACCCUUCUGAGGAGUGAGUUGAGUGCGCACUUGUCAGAGUGCGUCAAUGCCCCCAGCACCUGUAGUUUUAAGCGCUAUGGCUGCGUGUUUCAGGGGACAAACCAGCAGAUUAAGGCCCAUGAGGCCAGCUCCGCGGUGCAGCACGUCAACUUACUGAAAGAGUGGAGUAAUUCUCUGGAGAAAAAGGUUUCCUUGCUACAGAAUGAAAGUGUAGAAAAAAACAAGAGCAUACAAAGUCUGCACAAUCAGAUAUGUAGCUUUGAAAUUGAAAUUGAGAGACAAAAGGAAAUGCUUCGAAAUAAUGAAUCCAAAAUACUUCAUUUACAGCGGGUAAUAGACAGCCAGGCGGAGAAAUUGAAAGAGCUUGACAAAGAGAUCCGCCCGUUCCGGCAGAACUGGGAAGAAGCGGACAGCAUGAAGAGCAGCGUGGAAUCCCUCCAGAACCGAGUGACCGAGCUGGAGAGUGUGGACAAAAGCGCCGGGCAGGCGGCUCGGAACACAGGCUUGCUGGAGUCCCAGCUGAGCCGGCACGACCAGAUGCUGAGCGUCCACGACAUCCGCCUGGCCGACAUGGAUCUGCGCUUCCAGGUUCUGGAGACCGCCAGCUACAAUGGCGUGCUGAUCUGGAAGAUCCGAGAUUACAAGCGGCGGAAGCAGGAAGCCGUCAUGGGGAAGACCCUGUCCCUUUACAGCCAGCCUUUCUACACAGGCUAUUUUGGCUAUAAGAUGUGUGCCAGGGUCUACCUGAACGGGGAUGGCAUGGGCAAGGGGACGCAUCUGUCGCUGUUUUUUGUCAUCAUGCGUGGAGAAUACGAUGCUCUUCUUCCUUGGCCGUUCAAGCAGAAAGUGACACUCAUGCUGAUGGAUCAGGGGUCCUCUCGGCGUCACCUGGGAGACGCAUUCAAGCCGGACCCCAACAGCAGCAGCUUCAAGAAACCCACCGGGGAGAUGAAUAUCGCCUCCGGCUGCCCGGUGUUUGUGGCCCAAACUGUGCUAGAAAACGGGACAUAUAUUAAAGAUGAUACCAUUUUUAUUAAAGUCAUAGUGGAUACUUCGGAUCUGCCUGACCCCUGACAAGUCACUGGGGAGGUGGGUUGAGCAGAAGGCAACUCCUCUGGGGGGUUUGAACCGGCUGUCUCCACCGAGGUCCUCGCGCUCAGAAAAGGACCUUGUGGAACGGAGGAAGCAGCAGAAGGUGGCCGCGGGCCGGCGGGAGGAGCCGCGUGUGAGGACACACCCGACAUGUUUUCUAAUAGACUAGCAGCUCCACUCUGAAGAAUUAUUUAUCCUCCAACGUGAUAGAUACUGCUGUCAGAGAAGGUUUUCAUUUCAUUUUUAAAGAUCUAGUUAAUUAAGGUGGAAAACAUAUAUGCUAAACAAAAGAACCAUGAUUUUUUCUUCCUUAAACUUGAACACCAAAAAAGAAAACACACACACACGCACACACGCACACGCACACACCUGGGGACAGCUGGACAUGUCAGCAUGUUAAGUAAAAGAAGAAUUUAUGAAAUAAUAAUGCAAUUCUAAUAUAUUCUAAAAUUCAAGAGUGCAAUCUUGUUUCAAAUAUAGUAUACUGUCUAUUUUUAAGGCCUCAUCUGGUCUCUGUUUUAAUAAUUUGUUUGUCAGAAGACCCUGAAGUACACCUAGGUCUUUUUUGGAAGUCUGAAUUCAGAAUCAUUUUUUAAUUUGAAGUUCUAAGAUAAUUGUUACUGCAGACAUUUUGUUUUAAAACGUUGAUAGACUGAUAUUUCUUGGCAGAAAAUGUAAACUAUCAAACACUGGUUAUCACUUGUGAUAGGAAAGAGCAUACUCAACCUGCUGUAUUUCUCGUUAGAAAUGUAACCUUCAAUCUCUGUCGUAGUUAAUGACACUACUUCAAAAUUAUUACGAAAGGGAAACUGCUCAUGGAUGCUGUGCAUCAUUUUCAGAUUUAUAAUUGUUUUCACCCUAAAAUAGGGCAUUUGUUGAACUUUGGAGUUCUGAACAAAAUCCUGUAGGCUUUUAAAAUUCUGCCCCACGUAUUCAGACACGCUCUCUGUUGCUGACAACUCUGGCCUUCGGCGUCCAGGGUCCGGGGGUGGGCAGGUGGCUCGUGCUGAAGGAGGCCACAGCAGGUGUGUUUUUCUUCAUCCUGUCACAUUGCUGCAUUCUGUUAACGAUCUCCAAAGGCGACAUCUUUGCAUAGAGGUGGUGGCAUACUGUCUAUGUGCCUUAGAUGUGACAUGCUGCUUCUCGACCCUGGCUUUGUGUUCACUGUAACUCUAGAAGGUGAUAGUUUGACCCGGCGUUCCUCUCGACCACUAGACCCCUGCCUCUGCAAGGGCCCUCAGACAGCCCCGUGCCUGUUGAGGAAGCCAGGCUCAGCUUCCGCUUCUGGAGCCUCCACUGCUCAGUCAUCACAGAUUCCAAGUCUCUGGGCCCCCAAAGCGAGCCGCCUGGUCCCAGCACGGGCGCGGUCCCACCCCCAGGGCAGGAGCGGGGCAGCCACCGCGCCUCUCCGUGUCCCCACCUGGGCUGUGGGCGCCCACCCGCCACGAAGCAGAACCCUCUGAGCAUUCCAGAGACCGCCGCUCUCGGGGGGGCCUGCCCAGGCUGACGGACGGGGUCCUGGAACCACCGCUCCCUCGGGAAGGGUGGCCCGGGGACCGUCCCAGCCUGCGCCUGCCCAGACGGCAUCUUCUCAGCUCACUCACUGUUUACCUUCUUUCAAUGGUCCAACUGUGACUAGAAGCCGGAGCCCUGCCUCCCUGCGCCCCCCGCUGUGCGCCGCGCUUCUGGGUGCUCUUACCACUGAUGGGUGCUACACGUGACGGGUGCUCCUUGGGCUAAACCAGUGUGUGUGAACCACCGCAUCUGGGCCGCGCACCUCAGACUGCCUGCCUCUGGGCUCCCCCGUGCUCACGCGGGGACGGUUGGGCUGGUGCCCGGUGGCCCGCCGUGUCUCUGGUGCUGCCAUCUGCCCUGGGCGUGCCUCCGCCCCAGUGCCUGCUGGAAGUGCCCUCCUAGCGCACGCCGUCCCCUUCCGUAAGUGACCUCAUCGGUUCCAAGCACCUGCCACGCCCGUUAGCAGUUAAAUGCUCGUCGUAUUCAUCUCCUUUACUUUCUCCACCCUGCCCCCACCCCCGUUGCUUUGAGGGCCAGUCUGCGUCCUCCGUCCUGUCCAGAAGGAGUCGUGAGUCCCCGUGCAGAGAGGAAGGACUACCCGUGGGUGCUGCGGGACCGCUGUCCCACAAAGGUGUUCCCGACCUCCUCCAGACCUUGCCCUGGUUCUACCCCGGAGACCCAGGGGAGACAGGACGCCUGGCAGCCCCUCCUGCCUGGCCUCAGGUGGCUUUCCUGAGGCCAGGGGUUACCAGCGGGGACAUGCCUGUGGCAUGCCUGCGUCCUCCCCCAUCACUAAGAGUGUGGACAAUAUUAACAAAUUUGAGAUAAAAGCAACCUCUUGGUCUGCUAAAACAACAACAACAACAACAACAGUUCUUUGCCUCUCCUGGUUGAAAUUCUUCUGGGGGUGGGCUACCUGGAUCACUUCUGGAAGCAUCUGUCCCUUGGUGGGAGGCGCUUUCCCAGUCGCCCCUCCCACACACGCUCCUAGUGGGAGAUGACGGGCCCUUUGGGCCUCCUCCCGAGGAGCCCAUAGGACGUGGCAUCAGGAGCUGGCGCCAUCCCCUGGGGUGAGGAUGUGCAGAAGCCUCAUCUUGUGGCUUGAGAAUAAUUGGCGACAGCGGGGGGGUGGGUCGUGUGCCUUUUGGCCACCGUUUGGUGCACAUCUUCCCUCUCGCGCACUUGUCCGGAAAGCGGCCUCCCGAAGGACCUGAGUGCGAGGACCUGCCCGGAUGGACGCACCUGGCAUUGCUUCCAUCCUGACUCCUCGGUGCCCCAGUUUGGUGCUCGCCGCCCGGCACCGGCCUCCGGCUGUGGUCCCCGAGCGGCCAACCCUCCCGGCUUCCCAGGGUCCCAGCAACAAGAGAACGGUGUCCUACGCAGCGUGUAUUGGGUGCACUUUUCCUGUUUCCUAAAAGUGACAGAUUUCCCCAUGGGAUAAAACUGUUCCAGUGCUUUAGAAAAACCACCACCGAGUCUUGUGUGUGAAUCAAGCCAGUCGGCUUCCCUGUCAGCCUCGUGCCGGAAAUGAAGACAACUCACUGUCUCUGCUUGCCUCGUGUGGUUCUCUGGACGUGUGCCGCUCGCUCCUGCGUGGACCAUGGAGGCUGCUGGGGGGCUGGCGGCCCGGGGCUGGGCUUGUCGGUGAUGGGUGGGCACCUGCUGGGGAGCACACGGCGUGGUGGGCGUGAGUGAGGGGCCUGUCCCAAGAGGCUGGGAGUCUUCGAGUGGCCAAGUGGCAUUUGGCUCUUGGGGAUUAGACUGGCCCCGGGGAGGCUGGAGUCCCCUCACCUGGGCCUCUUCUAGAAGUUCGGUUUUUCAGUGUCCUAGGUUCAUAGGUAACAAAGAGGAGACCGGAAUGCUCGCAAAUUGUUCUUCUAAGACCUGUCCUACAAGAGGGUGGCGCUGACCCCCUGAGGGUGGGUCGCUGUGCAGGUGGACAGGGAAGGCCUCGUGGGGGCCACUGUUGUGGCCCCAAUUCACAGCCUCCUCCCGGAGCAGCCUUUGCGAGGAAGCAGGUAGAGCAAGGGAGCUCUCGGCCCAGAUGCGCCUUUCUUUUCCUGCCCGAUCCAGUUUUUCCUCGCCUUGUAACCCCAGAGGGCCGUGGAGUACAGGAAGCCUGUCCUCCGUGGCGGCCACCCCCACCAGGCCCUUCAGAUGCUGCCCGGAUUCCAGGGGGCUCUCUGGCAGAGCCGAUGCCCCCGAGGCUUCCCCUGUACCACUGCGGCCCACCUUGGUGAGGCAGGGUCCUUGGCCACCCACGCUGGGGCCACAUGUCCCAGGUGAGGCCUGCAGCUGUCAUCAGCAGGCAGUGUCGUGGCCACUGGUGGCAGGCCUGGCAUCCUGCAGCCAACAGGGGACGGGGUGUCUGGACAGACCCUUAAACACGGCAGGUUCCCGUGGUGGGUCAUUUCUUUGUCUGCCCAAGGGAGGUGGGCAGAGUGGCAGAACCCACCCGCCCCCAACUCACAUCCUGGGGGGUGCACACCACCUCCCUACUCUGUGCGUGAAGGAGGGGGGACACUGUCCUUCUGUGCCCAUCACGGACGUGUCUGGCUCCCGGCCUCUCCGCCAGUGUUCACGGGGCCGGUCAGGAGCCGCGCUCCUCCUGGGACCUCGUGCCCAAACCUCAGCCCUCCAAAGGGAGUCCCUCUUCUCUGGGUCAGCAGAGCUGUUCAAUACCUAUGUUUUCUUCCUUCUGGUCCAGACCUUUCUCAGAGUGCAGAGGAGAGCCGGGGGGAGCCCCUUCCUUUUGUGAGCGUGUGGAAGGUGAAUGAGGGGUCUGUCACCCAAAUCUGCCUGUCAGCCCGAGACCAUGGUUCUGUCUUCCAUUUGCAAAUCCCGACAGCUUUAUUUUCUCCAAAAUAGAAUUAUGUCCACUGGGGCCGAAGUCGGGUGAGGGCCGUGUGUGGCUCCGGUGUCGGCAGGUGACCUGGUCGUCGGUACUGUCUGCCCGGGCGGGGCAGGCCGUCACCGGGGAGCCGGGGCCAGCGGGGGGUGGGGGUCCCCAGGGGUGCUGCCCCCUGGCCUCCGGUGGCCCACGUGCGCGGAGACGGCCGGUCUGGUGUGGGGAGGCCCUGGUGGCGCCGAGCAGUGCUUGCCUUUCAUUUCCGCUGCUGCAUCUUGAGUCUCGCGAACUGUCGCAUUGGAAGAGGGUCAAGUCCAGGAUGGCUGUGCCACUCCUGCCGUUAGUGGUGAUUGGUUUUUAUAACUCAGUCCCCCAUUAGACAAGUAAGAUAACCUUCAACAGCAAACUGACUUAAUUGGUAAACACAAACGCCGGCAUUAUUUCCAAGGAUUUCUACAAGAUUUACCUAUAGAAUAGCAUCUGUGAUCACAGAAGUGUGUGAACCCGUGUAGACAAUUGUGUGACGUUGUUAGAGCCACAAUCUCCCUGACGGCACACCUCUUCGUUCAGUUCUGUUACCCAAAAACAAAGACCAAAGAAGGCCAAUCUCUCAUUUGACUCUGUAUUUUUAACCCGCCUGUUUUAAAAAUUGCCGUCUGUAGUAACCGCUCGCUGUGAGGCCCCAUCUUGACACUCCAAGUGAUUGUGACCAGUGAUUCACGUCCUGUUUUUCUGCUCUUCUAAGAAAAAAAAAAAACAACAAAAAGACAGUAUAAGUUAUUGCUCAGCAAUAAUCAUGUUGUUCAUGUGAAUUAACAACAUGUCUGGUUUUCUGAUAGCAUUAUUAUGUUUUAUAUUUUUGUUUACUGUAUAUUGUGUGUGGUUUUAUUUGGUAUUUAUUUGUGUUUUGAGGUCUUGCGAUGUUUUUGUGUUUCUGAUGCUAAUAACUAAAGUUUGUAAGAGUGUAGAAUGCAAAACUUGGAAAUGCUCAACUGUCUGAUUAGAGGAAAAUAAAUCCGACUAAGGA